AUGGAGGCCGCCGCCGCCGACCUCGUCGCUGCCCUCUCGUCCCCGUCCUCCUACGCUGGCCUCCACUCUCGCUUCGCCGCCUACCUACAGCCCUUCACCCCCUACCUGUCUAGCUCAAACCCUAACCCCAAGCCACCGCAGAAGAGGGCGACGAAGAACAAGCAGCCGCCGCCUCCCGACGCGGCCACCCUCCGCCCCCUCGCGAAGCGAUUCCUCCCGUUUCUCAGCCGCGCGCUCCACCUCCUCCCGCCGCUCGUCCGCGCGAGUCCUGGCUCAGGCGACAAGAGCGGCGAGGCCGCCGACGAACUGUUUGAGAUCUACGGCCUCCUCUUGGACUGCCUACAGGCCAUAUCACCCUGCCUCGCGGGGAAACCCUACUCCAUGUUGCUCCAUCGCGGCCGCUUCGUCUGCUGCCUCGAGUCGCGCGGCCACCUCGCACGCGCCGAUGCGGAGGCUGCGGCUACCCUCGACGCCCUCCGCUCCGCGCUCUCUCCACCCACCACGAGCACCAAGUCGCGACGUGGUGCAGCAAGCGUUGAUUCGGUCCUCCUUCCGGACCCUGGCAGCGCUGGGGAGGCUGGCACGGAUCCUGAAGUCACCAUACUUGCGGUCGAACUCACUUCCUGCCUUGCCAAUUGUUCCAGCAAGGGCAAGGUGAAGGAACCUGCCCCUUACGAACGACUUAUCAGCCUUUUCAAGCAGCUAAAACCAUGGCUUCGUAUUCUUACUAAUGAAGCCAGGAGGAAGUAUCUCCCGCUGCUUGUGAAUGGCAUGAGCCGGUGCACAUUUUUUCUGGUUUCUGAGUCUUCAUUUUUCAGUAGUGAUCUAGUUCAUGGGUUCUGUCGACACACAGUGCAAGAAUGUGUGAAAGAGGGCAUGAUCGAGCAUUUUCCAGCAAUUGCUCGCAAGAUUUGCUCUUCUGUAGAUCUGAGUUGGGGAGGGAGCACACAGCUUUUGCUCUACAUACUAGAAACUGUCACUGAUUCUGUUGUAUAUGUAAAGGAUGAUUUACCGAAAUCUGUAAAUGAGCUUCCAGUAUUUGUGGCGUAUUUUUGUCGGUUCGUUCUUUCUGCCAAACGGGAUUUAUCUGUUGGCGCAUCAGAACUACUUUAUAAACAAAGUGGUUAUUUCUCUGAGGUUUCCUCUCCUACUGCAUCAAUGCUUCGUCUUUAUGCGACUGGGUUAUACUUGAGUGCCCAGCAAGCAGAAAGUGAAAUACCACCCUAUUUAUCUGUGGCUAUUCCCAAGGAUCAAAAGUACAUACAUGCUUUAGAGAAAGCUCUUGGCACAUUAGCACGAUGGCCACAUGAUAAUACAUCUUUGGUCACAUACUUGGAUUCUUUGGAGUUUAUUAGCAAGGUAUUAUCACAGCAAGUGGAUACACUUUGGAAGAACUUCUCUGAAGGAAAACCAACCCAUUAUUCUGGUAACAUGAACUAUUUCUUGACAGCACUGCAUCAGUUUGUCGAUUCCAGCUUCGCGUAUUUUAGCUGUAUGCAAAUGUCUCAAGGAGACAACGAGAGACGGCAUGAACAACAUGGAACCUUACCGACAGUCCUUGUAUCCGCGAUUAAAUUUUCCUUUGUUACCAAGAAAGAUGUCCAGAAGAGCUUGGGUUUUGUCGUCCGUGCCAUUUCAAGUAAAUGGUUAGCGCCUGAGGAGCUCAAAUUCUUGAUACCUUCACUUAGCAACAUUGGAGUGACACUUCAUAAUACUGAACAUGUUAAAGAGGCACCAAAGGCUUUAGAACUGUGCUGCCAAACAAUAUGGGCACAUGUUAGGCUUUCUUACUGUAGACUAUCCUCAAGGCCAAAAGGAAACAACAUUUUGAUGGAUAUCAUUUUGGAUGCAUUUGCAAGGAUUGCAAAGAUGGUUGACACUCUACGUAGAUGUGGCACAGAAAUAGAAACAACACUUGGGAUUGUUGUGAAGAGCUUGUCUGAAUUGUUGUCUGACUGCGAUAAUUCUGAAUAUUUCAAAGGUUCUUUUAUACUGAUCAAGGCAUGGGUUAAGGCUGUACACAAAGAGUUUGGGGAUAAUAAGGUGGAUGGUGCUCCACUUCUCUAUCCCUCUCUUUUGAAAAAUCGGUCUCCAUGGACAAUUAAGCUGAUAGGCUUAAUAGUAGAGCAGGAGUUACUAGCAUAUGGAUUAACUGAAGCCCAAAGCACAGAAUUCUGCUCUAAAAUGCAGAUAAGGAUCAUAGAUGUUCUGUUGCAUAAAAUUUACUGUUCGAAAGAGCAUUUUUUGGACAGAUCAAGGGUUCUUUUAAGAAAGGCUGGUGCACUUCGUGCAUCUGGAGUGGAAAACAUAAAAAGCUGCCUUGAGUCUUUACAUGAUGCCAUAUCCUUACUGCAAAAGAUCUCAGGGGAUUCAUCUGAUGCCAACACUACUGCAAACAAUCAAUUGGCCAUUGCAUACUGCUUGUAUGCACAUUGUGCUCAGGAAGACAAUCCUGGUGGGGAGGUAAUAUUUGAUAAUGCUGAGAAAGCACUUAAGUUGUGGUUGAAGAUGGGGACUUUCGAUCAUUCUUCUCCUGACAUGGUUUUGCAACAUCCAUCACAGACUAUUGUACCACUUAUUUGUUUUUUGGUUGACCUGUUGUCUAUGAAGGGCUGUUUUGAGCUUCAGUUUAAGUUGUGCAAGGUUAUGAUCAUGAUUUGGAAGCAAGAAAAAUUACCCCUUGAAAAGUUGUUGUCCUUGCUGAGGAUGUUGCCUAGUAACCUAUUUAUUCCUCAGUCAUGUAAGCAUCCCUUUGGAAAGCAGCUCAGUUUUGAUGACGUCAGCAAAGCUGCCUCAUCUCUGGUUUCUGAAGUUACACCAAAUGACCAAUCAAUCUUUCUAGCUAGCUGUUUAUACUAUGACUUGUCAGAAAGACUUUUUUCGCGCGGACAACUUUUCCAGGCCAUUUCAUACGGAAAAGAAGCCCUCAAUUUGCGUAAAAAGCUCCUAAAAAAGAAGUUCAAACUCAAAUCGGGCAUAUCUGGAAAUAUGGAAAGCCAACCUUGCGGGCAGGACUUUUCUCUUGAAGUGCGUGGCCCAACAGUAGUUGAGAUUUGGCCAGAUUCCAGCAGAUCAUCCAGCGUGAGAGAUUCUUUCCUUACUCCAUGGAGUGUACUUAGAUACUACCUUGAGAGCACCUUACAGGUCGCUAUGAUGUACGAAUUGAUUGGAGAUGGUGUUGAAGCAGAAGCUCUCUUACGGAUAGGAAGAGAGAUAUCAAAUUUCCAUGGUUUUUCAGUUUUCUGUAUUGUUUUUACAUCAUUUCUAGGUCAACUAUACCGUAAGCGACAGCUAUGGGAUGAAGCGAAGAGUGAGCUUAACCAUGCCCGAGAUCUUCUUGUGAAAAAUGAUGCAACCAUUUCAUGUAAAGUCUGCAAGUUAACUUUGGGGAUAUCAGUUGACAUGCAAGUUGGUGACCUGUCUUGGAGUCUAUUUGAAAUUUUUUUCCAGAAACAGUCGACAGCUGAUCUGUCUAAUGCUUUAGGCAUGUACAGAUGUGCAAUAGAGAAAUUGAACAGCAUUGACUUGGAAUAUUUUAAUGGGUCCAAUGAUAGACAUAAAACUGGUUGUCUUGUGUGCAGCAAAGACUGUAGAAUACCGAUCAAACAUGAAGCUUAUACUUGUCGGAAAGAACCCGCAACUUCAAAGGAUGGAUUGUUAUCUCCAUGUAGUGUUUGCACGGCAAUACAAGUUCGAAGAAAAAGGUCAGGGAAUGCUGAAGCUGGUCCACCAUUAGAUGCUAAAGUUAAGAGGCCAUCCAGAAAUUCACCACAUUUAGCCAAUGAACAGAAUGUAGAGACUGUUGCGAAGAUUAGAACUCGCUCUAGUAAGCGUAAUGCACAUAUGAAAAGUGAAAAGGUUUUAACUGAGCUAAAUAGUAAAAAUAACAUAUCUGGGAGUGAUGAAUUGGCUGCAGAUAUUUUGGUUUGUGGUGAAGCAGAGUGUUUUCCUGAUGGCAUUGAUCACAGCAACGAUGACUUAUGCAAUAUGUUUGGUUGUUGGAGCUGCCUUUUGGUUAAAUCAUUGAAUUCGGAGUGCAUUCAAAAUAUUUUGCAGCUCAGAUUGGACUGUGUUCGCCGCCGCUACCUUGUGUCACUUCUAUUAAAAAAAGCUAGAGCCUUGGGAUCUCAUAGCAAUGGGGACCAUGAAGUUCAUAGUGUCUAUUGGAAGUGCAUAUCACUGCUGUUCUUCAGGUCCCUUCCACAGGAUUGCUAUGGGCCUUGUUUAAUUGGACUAAUCAUGGAUAGGAGCAUUAUUGGUGAUUUUCUUCCUUUAGAGUGUGCAGAAAUACUAUGGAGUAUGAGCUUCUUCUUGCUAAAAAGCUCCCUUUCUGAACAGCCAAGGGACAUCUGCUGUAUCUUCUCUAGUGUAAAAAUGGCUGAUGUUGUUCCCUGGUUGCUCAAAGCUUUUGUUCUAUCCAGAGAGAGCCCCUCACUUGUUCAGGAGGUUUGCAAGUUACUUGCAUGCAUAUUCUUGCUAUCAACUACAGAUUCUUCAAUUCAACUGCCUUUGGGUUCUCAUAAAGAAUCUCUUUCUUUGAAUCACUGGGCCGCAUACUUCCAUCAAGUUUCUGUGGGAACUUAUCUCAAUUGUCAUUACAUUCCUAACUUACAAGCAUCAUCCGUGGAAAAGGGCACCCAUGAAGAUUUCAGAAAUGAGACGGAUGACGAUGUUUCGGAAUUUCUCAGGUUGUCAUCAAGGGACAUAAUACAUAUUGAGAAACAUAUGACAGAAUUCUUCCAAAAACUUCCUGAUGUACCAGUUCUGUGCAUUAGUAUGCUUGGAGGUGAUUAUGUUAAAGCCCUUUUGAAAUUCCAUUGCCAUCCUCCAUUUUUUCCUGCUUGGAUGUUGCUUUCAAGGUUUGAUUCAACAAGUGAACCUACUACAUUGCUUCUUCCAGUGGAUGCUAUUUCAGAAAUGCAGUUUGAAGAUUCCUGCAUCAAAGAUUUGGGCAAUCCAACGAGAGUUUUAGAUAAGAAGUGGCAGUGCCCUUGGGGCUAUGGAAUUACAGACGAUGUGGCCCCAAUUUUCAGAAAUAUACUUGAGGAGAAUUUUAUGUCUCUCUCCAGCACAACCCUUACUAUUAAUGAUGUAAAUGCAGAUCAUGUCAGGUGGUGGUCGCAUAGAAUGAAGCUCAACAAUUACCUUGCUAACACACUGAAAGACAUUGAAGAUUCUUGGUUUGGACCCUGGAAAUGCCUUCUGUUGGGCCAUCGAUUAUCUGAUGAACACAUUGAGGCUGCCUUAUCAAGUAUUAUCACUGAUCUGUAUACAAAAUUCAAAUUUGAAGCCAAUCCAGUGCUAAUCAGGACUAUCCUUGGUGGUGCUGUGUCAGUGGAUGAAGUACAAGAAUGUUUUCUCCAACUCAUUUUGUAUAAAGGUUACUUUGGAAGGGGAGGGUGCUGUGGGAAAGAUGGACUUAGAGCUUUCUCUUCCUGUCAAAUGGAUGAUGGAGCUAUGGACACACUCAAAUGUUCAAUAACAGAUGCAGUAUAUGAGUUUCCUCAGCCAGCUGAUAGAGGUCCAGUUAUUUUAGUUCUUGAUGUCAAUGUUCAGAUGCUUCCUUGGGAGAACCUGCCUGUACUAAGGAAUCAAGAAAUUUAUCGCAUGCCAUCAAUGGGUAGCAUAUUUUUAGCAUUAUCUCGAAUCAAUAAUGAUUACAAGGAUCCUCCUUUUCCUGUCAUCGAUCCUUUAAAUACAUAUUAUCUGUUGAAUCCAAGCGGUGACCUGAGCAGCACACAAGAAGAAUUUGUUCGGUUAUUCAGAAACUACGAGUGGAAGGGAUUGGCUGGGAAUUCUCCAAAGGCUGACGAGCUGGUUUUGGCCUUGACAAAUCAUGACCUUUUCCUGUACUUUGGGCAUGGAAGUGGAACUCAGUAUAUUUCUAGUAAGGAAAUCGAGAAGAUAGAUAACUGUGCAGCUGCUCUUCUUAUGGGAUGUAGCAGUGGAACACUUCAUUGCAAAGGGAGUUAUGCUCCUCGAGGGGUUCCGUUGUCAUAUUUAUUUGCUGGUUCUCCUGCUAUCAUUGCGAAUCUCUGGGAUGUUUCUGAUAAGGAUAUCGAUCGGUUUAGUAAAGCUUUGCUCAAUUCGUGGUUGCAUGACAGUUCCCUAGAUGGCAACAAUUGUUCAAAAUGUUGCCAGUUAACAAAGGAAUUUGAGUCCAUGAGUAUAGCUUCCGAGGAAAAAGGUAGAGCAAGACGACGAGGCACACGAGGAAAUAAGCAACAACAAAUAAGGGAUAGUACCAAGUGCUGCAGCUGCAGGCAGAGGCGAAUAGCUUCAUAUCUAAGUGAAGCUAGGCGGGCUUGCAAGCUUCCACUUCUGAUAGGCGCAUCUCCAGUGUGUUACGGUAUGCCAACAAUCAUUAAGAAGAAAGUAAUGACGGAUUCUGCCACGAGAUGA